AUGAGUGAAAGAGCCCAAUCGUUCUUAGGCCUCGAAGACCUCCAUGUUUUCAUCACUGGAGCUCGAGGAGGAAUUGGUAGUGCGGCAGUGAAAGAAUUUCUCGCACUGGGAUGUCGUGUUACGGGUUUCGAUAAGAGAUCGAUUGAUGCGUCGGAGCUAUGUUCGACGGAGGACCAACAAUCCCGAUUCUUCACCACGCAGGGUGAUUUGACCUCCGAACCGUCGAUUGCUGAAGCAUUUAAGUCGUCAACCACCAAAUUCGGACCGGUGCACAUCUUGGUCGCUAAUGCUGGAAUCACCGACGAAACGGCUCAUCCUCCUAUCUGGGAAAUUGAUACGGCGCUAUGGGACAAGGUAAACGGGAACAAUGUCCGAGGCACAUUCUUGACUGUCAAACACUUUCUGCUGUCCGUCAAGCAGAGCCAGGAAGCACAAGGGAGGGAACUUGACAAUGUUGCCAUCGUCAUUACGGGCUCGGAAACGGGCAAGUUUGGCCAGGAAGGACAUGCCGAAUAUGCAUCAGGCAAGGCGGGCCUACAAUAUGGCUUGGUCCGCACUGUCAAGAAUGAGAUCGUCCGCCUGAACCCGAAAGCUCGAAUCAACGCUGUUGCACCUGGUUGGGUCAACACUGCCCUCAUCGGAGACCGUCUCGACGACCCAAAGGAGAUGUGGGCCGAAUGCCAGGCUACGGUCGCCCUGAAGAAGAUUGCACAGCCAGAGGACGUAGCAAGGGCAAUGGCAUUCCUGGCCAGUCACCGCGCAGCAGGACAUAUCUCGGGUCAAUGCAUCUCUGUCGAUGGCGGUAUGGAAGGCAGAGUCAUCUGGCGAGAGGACCAAAUCCUCGGCUCAGGAGCGCAAUCUGGCGAAAACGUCGACGUUUCGGCGCGUCCCACCGCAAUUCCUGCAUCGCGAAGUCCGCCAAAGAGAAAGCGACGCAUGAGGAUUUGCUUGUCUGUGGACUUUGACGCAAUCUCAGGAUACUUAGGUACUGGCCAUAAUCCCAGCAACACGCUAUCAGAUUAUUCGUCGGGUAUAUUCAGCGCCAAUGUUGGUGUCGGACGGUUACUAAAGCUUUUCAAGAAGCAUGAGAUAUCCGACAAGGUCACCUGGUUCAUUCCCGGACACAGUCUGGAGACAUUCCCAAGUCAAGCACAAGAGAUACUGGAAAGUGGUGCUGAGCUCGGGCUACAUGGAUACAGUCACGAGGGUGCGUAUGCCAUGACUGUGGAGCAGGAAAGGGACGUUCUCGAGAAGUGCCUCGAUCUCAUUACGAAGUUGCGAGGUGGCAGACGGCCUGUGGGAUACCGUGCACCGUUGUAUCAGAUUCGCGAGACAACGGUACGAUUGCUCCAGGAUCACGACUUUUUGUACGACAGCAGCAUGAACGCGCAUGACUCGCUACCUUACUUCUUACCCAAACCUUUCCCGGAAAAGCCGCCACACGUGCCAGACUACAAGAAAGACGCAAGCAGUUGGAUGAUACCGACACCAAUACCCGAGCAGCCAGCACCGGGAUCGGCAGAGGCUGACAAGGCUCUGGUGGAAAUUCCGGCCAGUUGGUACUCGGAGGAUGCGACACCCAUGGGAUUCUAUCCGUAUACAGCCAGCACGCAUGGCUAUGUCAGCGUCGAUGUGGUCGAGAAGAUGUGGCUAGAUCGAUUCAACUGGUUGUGGGAGAACGAAAGCUGGCUCGACGAGGGCCCUGGCAAAGGCUAUGGCUCGGUAUAUCCGCUGAUCUGGCACCCGGAGAGCGCUGGACGGGUACAUAUCGUUGGGAUGAUUGACCGAGUCGUCUCGAAAUUGGUUUCACAGAUGAAUGCUGCAGAGAAAGGGGAAAUUACUUUCGAGACGACGGAAACUGUGGCUCAUAGCUGGAAGCACAAGGGCCAACCAUCAUGA